AUGGCCAUGAGUCAGGCGGAAAGAGCGAAAAAAUAUCGUGAGAAAAUCAAAAAAGAUACGGUUAAAUAUAAAGCGGCGAAAGCUAAGGCUCGUGUUCGUGGUAAUUCGAAGAGAGAAAAGUUAACUGGUCUAGAUCUGGCAGCAUUCCGUUUGAAAAAUAAAAUCAAUCAAGUUAAUUUUCGUAAGAGUAAAAAAAAACGUUUGAAUACAAAAACAGUUUCCAGUUCAUUCAAGAAUCGUCAGUCGUUCGGAAAGUCUUUGAAAAAGGUUAAUUCGUUUUUACCGAAAUGUGAUAAAAAGAAAAAAAUAAUUGUUCAGCAUUUAGCUCAGAAAUUUGGUCUAAUUUCUAAACCAACUCAUCAUCGUACUUCAGUUCAACUUUCUACAAAACUGAAAAAAGAUAUUCAUAAUUUCAAUGUUCAUGACGAUGUUUCGUAUCAGCUACCUGGUAAACGUGAUACUAUUCUAGUACAAGACGAUGAUGGACAGAAAACAACGUACCAAAAAAGAAUUUCAAUUAAUAAUUUAAGAGAAAAUUACGAGUUAUUCAGAGAGGAAAAUAAGAAUGUUGAUUUGAGUCGUUCCGCGUUUGCUGAUUUGAGACCUCCAUUCGUUGUUUGCAAGGUGGCUUUGGCUCAUCGUGUUUGUGUUUGCGUCUAUCAUGCUAAUGUUGAUUUGUUUUUGAAAAGUUUCGAUAAGUGUAUUGCUGGAAAAGUUUGUUCGUCUCUAGAAACUGUCACUCAGUCGUUGGUUUGUAAUACAGAGAAUGAGGAGUGUAUGUUCAGUCAGUGUCCACUUUGUGAAAAUUUCUUUCGAGAUGAGGUUGAACAAAAAGUUAUUGACGGUAACGUUCAGAUUAAAUGGCUUCAGUGGGGAAACAAAAACGGACGGGCAGAAAAAAAAGAGUAUUCUGGUAGUGUUGAUGAGGCAGUCCAGCUAUUAGAAAGUAAAAUUGCGUGA